AUGAGAGUUAUAUUCUCUUGUGUUUUGCAUGCUGAAAUCAAUGAGAGUUAUAUUCUCUUGUGUUUGCCAGCUAAAAUUAAUGAGAGUUAUAUUCUCUUGUGUUUGCCUGCUGAAAUCAAUGAGAGUUAUAUUCUCUUGUGUUUGCAUGCUGAAAUCAAUGAGAGUUAUAUUCUCUUGUGUUUGCCAGCUAAAAUUAAUGAGAGUUAUAUUCUCUUGUGUUUGCCUGCUGAAAUCAAUGAGAGUUAUAUUCUCUUGUGUUUGCAUGCUGAAAUCAAUGAGAGUUAUAUUCUCUUGUGUUUGCCAGCUAAAAUUAAUGAGAGUUAUAUUCUCUUGUGUUUGCCUGCUGAAAUCAAUGAGAGUUAUAUUCUCUUGUGUUUGCCUGCUAAAAUUAAUUAG